GACCUGGAGCAGGACUCUGCAACUUGGGCAGUACUUGCUACAUCAAUGUCAUCCUGCAGUGCCUGACAUACACGCCCCCUCUGGCCAACUACCUGCUCUCUUGUGACCAUAGCCAGUUGUGUCAUCGGCAAGGCUUCUGCAUGAUGUGCAUCAUGGAAGCACAUGUUAGGAAAGUCCUGCACUCUUCAGCCAAUGUUAUCUGGCCUAGGGCUGUUGUCAGGGUCCUCAAAUUCAUAGGAGAAGAAUUUGAGCCUGACAUGGCUGGAGAUGCCUAUGAGUUCUUACGCUGCGCUCUUGAGGCCAUGCAGAGAGCUUGUCUGAGUGGAAGCAGUGAUGUGGACAUCUCUUCUCAAACAACUACUAUCAUCCAUCAAAUAUUUGGGGGCUUUCUGAAAUCCAGAGUCACAUGCUUGAGGUGCCAAGCAGUUUCUGAUUCCUACAAGGCCUUCCUGCAUGUCCUUUUGGAUAUCAAAGCACCCUCAUCCCUCACCAAAGCUCUGGAGAACUUCGUGACACCCAAGAAUCUGGAUGGAAAAGACUGCCUCAAAUGUAGCAAGUGUGAGAAGAAGGUAACCGCCUCUAAGAGGGUUACAGUCCAUUGUGUGCCCAAGGUCUUCACGGUGUGCCUGGAAAGGGCCGCCGAUCACACAGGCAAGAAGAUUAGCAAGAUUGUUGAGUAUCCUGAGUACUUGGAUCUUCGGCCAUACAUGUCUGACACAGCUGGAGAACCCCUCCUCUACUCCUUAUAUGCUCUUGUGGUGCACAGUGGUGACACCUGUCUUGAUGGACACUUCUUCUGCUAUACAAAGGCCAGCAAUGGGCAAUGGUACAAGAUGGAUGAUGAGUCUGUGGAAAAUUGUGGCAUCCACGCAGUUCUCAGGCAGCAAGCCUAUUUGCUGUUCUAUGCCAGAUGCUCUGAUUUGAAUAUGGAAGGAAUGGUGGCUUCCUCUCUGACACCAUCCUAUGCCCAUUCCUUCCUCAGUCAGUGUGGGGUCAGCAGUGAGCAGGCGGGUUCUGCAGAGAUAUACGGUAAACCUGGUAGGACUAUGUCAAUGCACUGCCAGGGGACAAGUGCCAGGGAGAGGAUCCAGAGUAGAUCCCUACAGUGGGGCAAUGAUCACUGCAGCUGGUUCAUGAACAGCACUGACUCAAACAACUCAACAGGGAGGAAGACAAAGAGAAGUACUCCUCCAGGUCGUGACCAUACUGUCAAGGAUGGCACAGCUUCAGGGUCCCUCAACAGAAGCUGUCAGUGGGCUCCUGCACCCAGUGCUGCUUGGGUACAACACCUGCCAAGACAGAGAGAGCAAAGCCAGUCCUCAUGUCAGGGCUAUGAUCUUCGCAGACAGUUUGUGGAGAUCACAGACUACCACCAGUCAGUGAGGAGGAAGAGGAGGAGGAGCUGGUGGAGAAGAAGCCCUCCACAUUAUGACCAAGAGCCAAAGGAUGAUACACUGGAAGUGUCUUCGAAUGCUAGCUCCAAGAGGGCUACUGCACUCAGUAAUACUUGGGGGCAAUCCCUGCUAAGGCAGAGAGAGCAGGGCAGAUCACCACAGCAGGGCUAUAAUCUCCGCAGAAGAUUUGUGGAGAUAACAGACUACCACCAGUCAGCAAAGAGGAGGAGGAAACACUCAUUUGGAACAAACAGGCAGAAAAGACAAAGCCAGACUUAAAACUCCUUG